GGAGAGGGUGGGAGUGGAACGGGAAUUACUGGUUGGCUAUUGUACAAAAUGUUCAAAAUUUGAAGCUGCUCUAAUAGCUAAAUCGGUACCUGACAGUCAGUUUCAAAAUGGCUCAACUUGUUGUUGAGAAAGAAUUGAAAAAAAUAGAUUCAGAAUUGAAUGUCAUAGAGGAGGAGAUUCAAAAACUAAAUGAAAAGAAAGAGAAACUAUUACAGAGGAAAGAAACUUUGAAGCAGCAGCUGAAUGAUGAAGCAACAAAAAAACUGGCUAGUCAAGAUUGGGAAACUAGUGAUUUCCCAUGGACAACCAAGCUGCAUCAAACAAUUCAGGAUGCAUUUCAUAUUGAGAAGUUUAGGCCAAUGCAACUCUCAGCCAUGAAUGCUGUCCUUAAAGGGCAUGAUGUCAUCUUGAUUAUGCCUACAGGGGGUGGGAAAAGUCUUUGCUAUCAGCUUCCUGCACUAAUAUCUGAUGGGAUAACUCUUGUUAUAACUCCACUUGUUUCGCUAAUGGAAGAUCAGCUAGCUAGUUUGGAGAAACUAGGGAUUAAAGCUGCAAAAUUAAAUGCAAGUUCAACCAAAGAAGAAGUCAACAUGGUGCAAACAGCUAUGACAGACACAAAAUGCUCACUCAAAUUAUUGUACGUAACACCGGAAAAACUAGCGAAAAGCAAAAGAUUCAUGACGAAACUUCAAAAAAUGUAUCAGUUAAAGCACUUUGCUUUCGUGGCAGUUGAUGAAGUGCAUUGUUGUUCUCAGUGGGGUCAUGAUUUUCGACCAGAUUACAAAUUUCUUGGAGUUCUUCGAUCUCUGUUUCCUACCGUUCCAAUAGUUGGACUGACCGCCACGGCAACAGCACACGUAUCAAACGAUGUCCAAAAAAUGCUCAACAUGAAAAACUGCUUGGUUUUCAAAGCAUCUUUCAAUCGUCCCAAUCUUUAUUACGAAGUGAGAAAUAAACCAUCCACUCAAAAGGAGUGCAUCGACGAACUAGUAGAUUUGCUGCAAAAUCGAUUUCGUGAUCAAUCUGGCAUUAUAUACACCACAUCCGUCAAAGAUUGUGAUCAGUUAGCCAGCGAUCUGCGACAGCAAAAGUGCCGCGUUGCAUCUUACCACGCCAGUUUAGAACCCGCUGAUCGAACCCAAGUUCACACGGGCUGGCGGGAUAAUAAAUACCAGGCUGUAGUUGCUACCAUUGCCUUCGGGAUGGGAAUUGAUAAGCCAGAUGUUAGAUUUGUAAUUCAUCAUUCCAUAUCAAAAUCGAUGGAGAACUUUUACCAGGAAAGUGGGCGUGCAGGUAGAGAUGAUCUCAAAGCAUGCUGCAUAGUUUAUUGGAGAUUGUCUGACUUGUUUCGCUUAAGCACCAUGGUAUUUACCGAACAAACCGGACUCCGUAACCUCUACGCCAUGGCCGCUUACUGUCUCGAUUCAGAAAAAUGCCGCCGGGAGAUUAUAGCAAGCCAUUUCGACGAACGGUGGGAGUCUUCCUCUUGCAAUAAAAUGUGUGAUCACUGUAAUCAAGAAUCAAAAUCGACCGAGAUGAAUAUCACUGAGUAUCUUAUCACGCUCAGCCAGAUACUGAAACGGGCAGAGGAGCAACAAGUACGCGUGACAGCCCAGAAAUUGAUCGAUGCAUGGCAGAACACUGGGCAAGUCUCGCUUCGUUUACCUGAUAGCAAGAAAUCAGGCAAGCUUCCUCGAGAAACGUGCGAAUCUAUUUUGGCCCAUCUGUUACUCGAAGGCUAUUUGAAAGAAGACUUUCAUUUUACACCGUACAGUACCAUCAGUUACAUUCUUCUAGACGAACGAGCAAACUACAUCGAUAAGGAAAUUAUCAUGAAGGUUGAGGCUUCACCGGAAAAGAAACCCAGCAGCACUCGAAGCAAGACGACUAGAAAGCAGUCAACGACACCAUCGGCAACAGCGAAGAAACUGAAAGUUGAAGAACGUUUGAUUGACGUAUCGGAUUCUGAUUAAGUUUCCGAAUUGUGCAAUACAAAUAUAACAG